GCAGCACUUGGUAGGAGUUGCAUGACUGGGGCUUCUUGUCCUUGCAAUACAUCGAUGCAGAGCCGGCCAAUCCAGUGUCGAGUCGACGAACACCUUCCUCGGCUGCGAUCAUAGUUACCGACUGUUUCCACUUCAUCGAUCAGCCCACUGAUACCUUGGCGGUGCCUGGCACUAUGCCCUGUCUUCUCGACUUGAUCGUCGUCAUGGGUAGAUUGAGCUUGGCCAUAUGUCUGGCCGAACAUCUUAGGAUUAUAAGAAGGCCCGGUGCUUACAUUCGCUACUACCUUUUUCACUUCUUCUCUGUCUUCUUGUCAACAGCAGUUUCACCUUUCUUCUCACUUCGCCCAAUUCAUCCACCAGUCAACAUCAUGUACGCCAAAUCCGUCCUCAUCGCCGCCCUUGCCGGCUUCGCUGCCGCCAGCCCCAUCGAUAUUGAGAGCCGCCAGCUCUUCGGUGGAAUCGGCGGCACAGGAUCCAGCUCCAGCGAGUUCAGCCGCGGCGGCUGCAAAGACGUCCUCUUCGCCUUUGCCCGUGGCUCCACCGAGAUUGGCAACAUGGGAACCGUCGUCGGACCUCCUACCUCGGACGGUCUCAAGAAAGAAUUCGGAGCCGAUGCCGUCGCCACAGAGGGAAUCCCCUACGCCGCCUCCAUCGGCACCAACGUCCUCCCCGGCGGCACCGACACACGCUCCAAGAACAUGAUGGCCGACACCCUCAACAGCAUGGCACAGAAAUGCCCAGACUCUGUCAUCGUAGCUUCAGGCUACAGCCAGGGCGCAGCCGUCUGCCACCGCGCCAUCGAAGGCCUCGACCCCGCCGUCAUGGAGCAAAUCGCCGGCGUCGUCACUUACGGCGACACCCAGAAGCUGCAGGACAGGAACCAGAUCCCUAACUUCCCCAAGGAGAAGGUCAAGAUCAUUUGCCAGCCUGGCGAUGCUGUUUGCUUGGGUACACUGAGCGUGCUGCCUGCGCACUUGACGUAUGGUGUCCGCGCAGAUGAGGGUGUGGCUUUCCUCGUGCAGCAGAUUAAGGGGGUGCAGGCGAAGAUCAAGGCGAGGAAUGCGAAGAGGGAGGCCGAGAAGAUGGACGCUGAGUUGCAGGAGGCGGUUAAGCGGGUCGCUAAGGAGAUCAAGGCAUAAGGGCUGAUUUGAGAUUGGGGUGAUGGGAUUUGGGGU